AUGGCCAUGGCCAUCUCUCAAAAACCCCCCAGUCACGCGUCUCGCUCGCCAGUGAUUUACCUACAUCACCCGGUGAGCAGGGCAAGGCAAGCCGGUAAGGACCGGCAAGGCUACGCCACCAUCCACGGCACCUCGUCUGUUCCCAGUUACCAGGGACCUGCCCCGGGCAAUCCGCGAUGCGAGAGGCAAAGGAAUGUAGAGGAAUUUCGACGUCCCCAAUUCUUCAUCUCGGUCUUCGUACGAAGAACCAGUUAG